CAAUUUUGAGUAUAUAAACUUCAAAAAAUUAUAGCCACUUUCUUGAUACUUAAAAUCUCAAAAACGCGAAGAACAAUAUGGCUGAUUUUGUAAUUUUAGUGACCGUAACUAUGGUGUCAAUAUUAACCAAGGUCGGAAAUGCAGGUGUACGUUCGAUUUCUUCUUGCGGAUUAUUUGGAAUAAAUCCCGAUUCAAUGGAUUUAUUGCCGAAUACUGAAUACACUUCAGCGUUGUCUUCUCCGUUGCCUUUACCAACUUCAGUUUCUACAUUUGCCUCUAUUUUGGCAUCAAAACCUUCACCAAAUUUAAUUCUUACGCCAGCUUCAAACGAAGUUACACGAUCAUUUGUAUCAACCUCUGCUUCAAAUUCGUUCACUGAAUCUACCACGCAUCGUUUGCUAAGUUCGGCCAUUCAUUCUUCAGUCGUACCGCCAUCUACAUCCGUUCCGCUGUUAGCGUCAUCGAGUUCAAUUUCCACCACAUCAACGUCCUCUGAAUACACUUCUACACCUUUAUCUGGUUCAAAACCUACUCCUGCAACUCGAUCAUCUAAUACUGCUCCAUUGCAGUUACCAAGUUUAACUCCGACCACAUCAAUCCCAUUAUUUUCACCGAUUUCAACUCCAGAACAGUCAUUUGCAUCUAAUCUUUCACAAUUGUUGAAACCAUUUCUAACCGAGUUUCCGUCGUCUACAUCUUCUCCGGUGCCUCCACCCGAUUUAUUUAUUCCUUCACAGGAUACAAUGACACCUUCAAAUUUUUCAUCAGAAAAUAAUAUUAAACUGGCUUUACUAGAACUAUUAUUGAAAUUAUCGACUGAGUUAGACCAGCAAUAAGUAUUCAGUUUUAAAUGACAUUUUACUGGUUUUUCAUUAAAUUAUCCAAUGUUUUUAUUAUUGUU